AUGGAGCGAGGUGGAGGUGAGAGUCCUCAUUUGCGGGAGAGCCCGGAGCGGCGCGGGAGCAGUAGUCCUGAAAUUGGUGGGCCACCACCGAAGAUGGGACGGCUAGAACUCAAUGGCAGUCCCACCGGACAUCGCAGUCGCCACAAUGGAGCCCCUCAGAGACCUCUCGGAGGUCUGAUGAUUCCAGUCUUCUGUGUGGUGGAGCAGGUGGAUGGAGGGAUGAUCUCAGAAGGUGAGAGUCGGGAGGAACAUGCCGAAUUUGUGCUGGUCAGGAAGGACAUCCUUUUCACUCAGCUGGUAGAGACGGCGCUUCUCGCCCUGGGCUACUCUCACAGUUCUGCGGCCCAGGCACAUGGCAUCAUUAAGGUGGGCCGCUGGAACCCCCUGCCCAUCCAUUACCUGACAGAUGCUCCAGAGGCAACCGUUGCUGAUAUGCUGCUGGACGUAUACCACAUGGUCACACUCCGCAUCCAGCUACAGAGCUUUGCCAAGCUGGAGGACCUCCCAUCAGAACAGUGGAACCAUGCUACAGUGCGCAACGCCCUUAAAGAACUGCUGAAAGAGAUGAACCAGAGUACGCUGGCUAAAGAAUGUCCACUCUCCCAGAGUAUGAUUUCCUCUAUAGUGAAUAGUUCCUACUACGCAAAUGUCUCAACUGCCAAGUGCCAAGAGUUCGGUCGCUGGUACAAGAAGUACAAAAAGAUUAAAGGGGAUUAUUUGUGGCAAGGCCGGGAAACUUCUGAAAUCAAGGUUGAAAGGGACAGUCUUGCUGAUUUCUGCAUAUUACCACAGCGUCCACCUCCUCACCUGGCUGGGUUGGCACAGCUUGGUCCAUUGAACAGUGCUGGGUCUCUGGUGAAAAGUGGAUCUGGAGAACCACAAAAUUCAGCACAAUCUCAGCCUCCAAACCAAGGGCAGCCACAAACUCCAUCAUCUCAUGGGCAGCUACAUCACAGUCCACCUCUACGAGCACAGGUGCCUCCUCCACCACCACCUACUGCCCUGCAACCUCUUUUGGCACCAGGGGGACUUCUUUCACCCCAACUCAGUCCGCAGCUGGUGAGGCAGCAGUUAGCCAUGGCUCAUCUUAUCAACCAGCAGCUGGCCGUCAGCCGCCUCCUGCAUCAGCACCCGCAGGCUCUUAACCAGCAGUUUCUCAAUCACCCGCCUAUCCCGAGACCUAGCAAAGCCGGUGGCCCUGGAGAGCCUGGGUCCAACCCCUCAGCUGCAGAAGUUUCCUCUGAAAUUUACCAGCAGGUGCGAGAUGAGCUGAAAAGAGCCAGUGUCUCACAGGCAGUGUUCGCUCGAGUUGCCUUCAACCGUACACAGGGCCUGUUGUCUGAGAUCUUGCGAAAAGAGGAAGACCCACGGUCAGCAUCUCAGUCCUUGCUGGUGAACCUCAAAGCAAUGCAGAACUUCCUCAACCUACCAGAGAGUGAAAGGGAUCGCAUUUACCAGGAAGAGCGCGAACGUAGCAUGAACCCUCCUGUGAGUCUCCCCCCAAGCACAAACCCUAGCCCUGGGGGCGUCCGCCUCUCUCAGAAAGUGUGGGAGCGCAGCAUUGAUGAACAGUUAACCCCUGACGCAUGGGCAUCUAUCUGGAAGAAUAAGACCAAGAUCACAAACUCGUGCAAGGUUUCUGGUCCUAACCCUGACCUUCCCCUGAAACUGGAGCCACUGGUUAACAUCACGUCAGCCAUUUAUGAUGAAAUCCAGCAGGAGAUGAAAAGGGCAAAAGUGUCCCAGGCACUGUUUGCCAAAGUGGCAGCCAACAAGAGCCAAGGGUGGUUGUGUGAGUUGCUUCGCUGGAAGGAGAGUCCCAGUCCAGAAAAUCGGACACUCUGGGAAAACCUGUGUACUAUCCGGAGGUUUCUCAGCCUACCGCAGGCUGACAGAGAUCUGGUAUAUGAGGAAGAGUCCCGUCAUCACCACAGCGAACGGCUGCACACUGUACUGCACUUGCCAUCUGACUCUCAGGUUCUUCACAGACAGCCUGUGCAGCCACUGAAGGACCACUCUCCCAUCCGAGAAGACCCUGUACCCAGUUCUGGAGUUGAAGAGAGCCCUCAGGCCACUGCAGGCUUAGGGAACGGUGGAGGGGGUAGCACUGCUACCAAAAAGCCUCGUUCCCGCACCAAGAUCUCGCUGGAGGCUCUAGGCAUCCUACAGAGCUUUAUCCAAGACGUGGGCCUCUACCCUGACCAAGAAGCAAUUCACACACUUUCAGCCCAGUUGGAUCUACCCAAACACACCAUAGUUAAGUUUUUCCAAAACCAACGCUACCAUGUGAAACAUCAUGGUCGGCUGAAAGAGCUGGGAGCUGAGGGCAGCGGUGUGGACGUGGCCGAAUAUCGUGACGAGGAGCUGCUCUCCAGUUCAGAGGAUGCAGAAUCUAGUGAAGAUGGCCAUGAGGAGAUAUACAGUGGGCACGAGAGUGCCUCAACCGGAGCAACCAACUCUGCUACAACCCCUGCUCUUUCAUCUGGCCAUGAUGAGAGUAAAGACAAAGGCCUUUCUCUUGGAUCGGCAAGGCCCAGCUCUCUGCCCCCAUCUGGUUCCUCACCCAGUCCCAGAGAUCAAGCAGAAUAUCAAAGAUAAAACCGAGUCAGUAAAGACUAUAAGUGGGGAAAGUCUAGGGGUGAGCACUUACAACUAUUCUGUACAGGACGAGAUUGUGUAGUGGACAGCUUAGAAAUUUACUGACAAGGAUGCAGUGUCCUCCAAGGACCUUUAGAAGGUAAACCAAACCAGACAAGAUCUGCAUAUUGAUUAAGGUGGCACACAAAGUGUUGCAGUAAAAAAAUGAGGAGAGGGACGUGAACCAAGUGUGUAGAUCCCAGGUUACAAAUAAGAGUAAGAGUACAGUACCUCAUACGACAAGGAAAGAUUCUGGUUGUCUGGAAAGCUUUGAUUUGAUAGUUGUAUAUGCUUAGAUUUACAAGUUGUUAAUAUUACAUUUUAAGAUGACUGCCUCAACCCCAAGACUCACCUCAUUCAUGUAGUACAAGACACUACAAGUUUAAGACAAAAUACUUUAUAAUCUGAUUCGAAGAGCAGAGGGUCUUUCAUAAGAUACCACUAUCCAUGCGCCCUCUUCACCUCUACAGGGUUAAUGGCAGGGACAGAGCUUUAGAUGAGCCAUGGAUCUUCAAUAGGACACCAAUAUAAUCACUCCUGCCAAAUCAGGGAGCUUUGUGGGUGGCUAUCCUCAUCUUCCCCUCCAUGAUGGGGUAUUCUGACUGGGGGCUGAAGCAGUCGGUUUGGUUGAAGAGGUACAGAGAUCUUGGGUGUACACAUCAGCCCAGCCCAUGAACCCUACUAUAAACACAUGUGGUGUGCAAAAAGGUCCACUGUUAGCCCAAUGGCGCUUUUGAAGAUUGCACCAUCCCUCCCACAACCAACCACAUCAUUCCGAGCAGUCCCACAUGGUUAACACAAUCAAUCCCUUUAUCCCACCACCCAUGCAACCCGUGCACCCAACACAGACUGCUCGCAACCGAUCUGUCACUCCUGUUUAAUGGUUGAAUGCUUGCUUUAUACAAAUACAUCUAGAUCAUAGGUUUCCCAGUCGUUCUUUCUCCGCACUUAAAAGACUGCGAGAAAAAACAUAGGACCCAGUGGCAGGACGACUGACUGCUAUGGACAGAUUAAAGGACAAUGAUGAAGAUGCAGUCUAACUGCAUAAGCCUGCCACUGACCCAGAAAGGAAAAGCAAACAAUCUGCCAACAAUCAGGCGCUUGUGUGGAAGUGUGGUAGUCUAUUUCUCCUCUGUCGCCUCCCUCAUCUUUCUCUCUCUCUCUUUUACUGACUGGUGCCCACAAUGUCCUGAUUUGACCACACCUACCCACACCCAAGUCCACAGCACUAUUUAUUGCUAUCUUCACCCACAAUUAUUAUUGUUGUUAUUGUUAUUAUGGUUGUUCUUGUUGUUAUUUUUAGUUGUAUUUCCAUGGUCUAAUAUCAGCUUUCGACCAGCAGCGGUUGUUUUGGUAAUGAAAGACGUUGUGAAAGAAAGAAACACUGCCAAAACAGAGAGGCAAGAAUUAGAAGCAGUUACUGAAGUUACUGAGUAAAUCGUGUGAUAUAUAUAUAUAUAUAUAUACUGCCAAAUCUAUCAAAAUUAUGUACUUUUCCAAAGAGAACAGCACUUGGCAGAUGAGAAGUUGAAUAAUAAAACAGGAGAAAAGGAAUUAUAUGAUCUUUUUGCGCAUAUAAAUGACAAUCCUAUUGAGCCAAUCAGAAUUCAGAAAUCAUGAACAUACAUUAUUCAAGAGAGAAGGACUAACUUGAGGCAACACCUGUUGCAAUACGUUCAUGACAUCACGCCAACUCUUGGAUCCAGGGUUCUGAUUUGCUUUUGAGAAUCAGCUGCUACCUGCUCUUUCGUGGACUAUAAAAAAUGUCUAAUCUUACUCUAUCCCUUAAACUAUUUUGUUUCAAAGUGAUAAUUGUGAUCCAUGUCCAUGUUUUGUCUAUUACAAAUGAAAUGUCUUUACUGUGCAAAAUGCUGAUGUGGUUUUGAAAUGACUUUGGCCAUAUUGAAUCCAUCACAUAGACACUGUGUCUGCAUCUGCACAUUUUAAAAUCUUACACCCAAACAACAGUUACAUGGUAAUUUAUUUUGGCCCAACAUUGUCAUGAUAUAUUGGACACAAAGUUGAAGUUCUCAAAUUAAAGGUGUUCAAAAUCUCAGGAGCUUAUGUUUGACAUUUUAAAUGGAAUAAAUGCUGGAAUUUGCUGUUCACAUGA